UAUUUAAUUAAUUCAUUCUUUAAUUUAAAAAGGAAUGAUUAUGCAUUAUAAUGCUGGUGAUCCCAUUUGACCUUAUGGCAAUUGUCAACAAAUAAUAUAUUUUAUUCAUUCAUUCAUUCAUUCAUUUACAAAGGAAUGAAGCAAUAUUAUAAAGCUGGUUAGCCCAUUUGACCUUAUGGCAGUUGUAAAAAAGAAAAAAAAAACACAUUUUAUCUGUUUAUUUAUUUAUUCAUUCAUUCAUUUAAAAGGAAUGAACAUACAUUAUACUGGUUACCUAAUUUGACCUCCAGGCACUUGUUAAUAAAUAAUAUAUUUUCUUAAUUCAUCAAUUUAUUUUUAAAAAGGAAUAAGAUACAUCAUAAUUCCAGUAUAUAAAUGUACUUUAAAUGAUUAAACAUCGUUUGAAAUAAUGAAUAAAUUAAAACCAUCUUUGGAGGAGACCAGCGCACUAACGUUGCGUAGCCUUCUAAAUUUUGCAUAGUAAAUAAUGCACUACCGGGACACUUCACUACCAUCAUCAUCAUCAUCAUCACCAUCACACAGUCGCAUAACGCUGGAUUUAUUCAACAGCUGAGGACGUGCAGCACCAUCAUCGUCGUCACCCGCUGGUCUGGGAUCAGUCGAUGCUGUGUGUGUGUGUGAGUGUGUGUGUGUGUGUGUGGCUGUGAUGCAGGCAUGAGUGUGUGUGUACAGGAGGUAAAGCAGCAUGUGCGUGAGCUCUGCAUCAGUGUGUCAUUGACUCGGGCUCUGCAAGGAUCUUCUGUCAGCAUUGCGGUGAGUGGAGAAGUUGCCCGGGAUAGUCGCUGUCCGGAGCUCACCUUUAUUUAUACACCGCAGUGACCGCUGUCAUCCCUCCAAAUUCAGCCGUUCAUGCAAAACGGUCGAGGGGAAUAUCUUGCACACAAACGCAGGGGAUGUGUCCAUUUUAAAGUGGAGAUCUCCAGCUCUUAAGGAGACAUGGGACUUGGACAGUCCAGGAGGACGUCGGUUAGCGAUGAAGACCCAGCCGAGGUCAAUUUUGACCACUUUCAGAUUUUGAGAGCCAUCGGCAAAGGCAGUUUUGGGAAGGUUUGCAUUGUUCAGAAAAAGGACACCAAGAAAAUGUACGCCAUGAAGUAUAUGAACAAACUUAAAUGCGUGGAGCGCAAUGAGGUGCGCAAUGUCUUCAAAGAGCUCCAGAUCAUGCAGAACCUGGAGCAUCCUUUCCUGGUCAACUUCUGGUACUCGUUUCAAGAUGAGGAGGACAUGUUCAUGGUUGUAGACCUGCUGCUGGGAGGAGAUCUGCGCUAUCAUCUACAGCAGAACGUUCACUUUACGGAGAGCACCGUCAAACACUACGUGUGUGAAAUCGCUCUGGCUUUGCACUAUCUGCGCAACAAACGCAUCAUCCACAGAGACAUUAAGCCAGACAACAUUUUACUGGACGAGCACGGUCAUGCACACCUGACAGAUUUCAACAUAGCUGCUAUUGUGAAGGAAGACUUAAAAGCCACAUCUAUUGCAGGAACAAAGCCAUAUAUGGCCCCAGAACUCUUCCAGCUGGUGGAGGGCACACAUCCAGGCUACUCUUUCGAUGUGGACUGGUGGUCUUUAGGGAUUACUGCGUAUGAGCUUCUCCGUGGACAGAGGCCGUACAUCAUGCGCACCAACACACCAGCCAAUGAGAUCCUGCAGACGUUCCACAAAGCACAGCCCUGCUACCCUGCGGCCUGGUCUUCAGGGAUCAAAUCCCUCCUAAAUAUGCUGUUGUGUGUGGAUGCUCAGAAGAGGAUUUCCAGUCUCUCGGAGCUCCAGGAUCUGGAAUAUCUCUCGGAUGUCAACUGGGAUGCUGUGCUCAGCAAACAAAUCCCUCCUGGAUUCCUCCCUAAUAGGCGGCGUCUGAACUGUGACCCCACAUUUGAGCUGGAGGAGAUGAUCCUGGAGUCCAAACCACUGCACAAAAAGAAGAAGAGGCUGGCGAGGAAGACCAGGGAGAACGGCUCGGAUGGAUCUCCUCAGAACGGGCAUAUCCAGCAGCGCUUAGAGACUGUCCAAAGAGAUUUCAUCGUCUUCAACAGAGAAAAGAGGUUGAGGAAAACCAGAGCAGAUACCGAGACCAACAACCUCAGCACAGAAGAGACAAGCAAAGCCAUUCAAGAUGGACAGAACAACAAUGUACAGCUUAACAGUUAGCAUUUAGCCCGAUCAUCCUUUUCAAUCAACGCUUUCAGCAAAGCAAUCGCCACCGCAGUUUCCAGCAGAAUGCAUGAGAACAUCCAUUCAGGACAGACUGGAGCAUCUGAAUGGACGCUUCCACCUCGUGUGACCCUCUGCAUUAAAACUGAUGGUGUGCGGUGGUUUAGUGAACACCGCACAUGCAGAAAUAACUGAAUGAUGAUGCUCUCUGGACCUGGCUGUGAAAUGUGUGCCUUACUAGCGAAUGGAUUUCCCUAAUGCGUCUGGAGGCACAUGGAGAUUUACUGCUGUCUGAUUCAGCGAGCGAUCAGACUCCGAGCCGUUCGCCGGGAUUUAUACAGCUGCUCUUGUUGCAGAGAACACAAACAUAUUUAGUUCAGCUCAUUACGCCUACCGUAUGUGAUUAAUACAGUGUGAAUCUUUACAGAGCUGCAAAAAAAAACAUCCUGUCAUUAAUGCCGUAGAGGAGAUUAUUUGGCCUUUCUAGAUCUUUUGGUUUUGGAUUCGUUGCUGGAUCCCUGAAUAAGAUAUUGAUCACACUGUACAGAUGAAAUAAUAAUAAUAAUAAAGAGUUUAAUAGCAGC